AUGAAUAACCUUGCUCCUAUAUCUUUGCGCUUGUGUGGUUGUACUUCUGUGGAAAAGUAUCUCGAAUGUUUAGUGGCUGAGUCAAAGGUUCUUUUGCUUCAUUUUAACACUUAAGGAAUUGAAUUUAUUAAAUGCGACCACCAGAGAGCAGUUUACUUGUUCAUGGCAGCUUUGGAAACAAACUGCAAUUUUAUUUCAUUUCCUUGUUCUUCAUUCAAAGAUUAUAAAAUUGGUUCAUGUGUGGAUUGUGACGACUUUAAGAAAAAAUCUUGUCCUUGGCUAGGUUAUCAAGCUGAGCUAUGAAGAAAUGUUUUAAAAGAAAGAAUAGAAAGAAAAUCUCUUAGGACCACUGUGUUUUUGGAUACUACUUGUACAAAUCCAUACUGUACCUAUUAUUUUGUUCUUAGUAUAAUUGCUCUGAAUAAAACUAUGAAGAAUGGCUGUAUUGCAUUUAAAUUAUUGAAUCAGCUUGGAAUGACUGAGUUGCCAAGACUCUAUGAGAAGAACAAAUCAUUUUAUAUAUUUCAAGAAGUCAAGAUUCUUGCCCAAUUUUUAAAUUAUGUUGUAAAUAUUUCAAGCAUUGCUUUGGCAUAUUUUCAGAGCUCAAAUCAGCAAUGUUCCACAUGCAAAUAUAGCAUCCGGCGUCUCAUGUUAAAAUCACUUACGUAUCCAGAAAGACCACCACUUUGCAUGUAUAAUUUUGAACUUAAAGAAAGUGAGGAAGUAUUUCUCAAUCCAACCACCUAUAAACCAAAGGGAAUAUAA